CUUGUUACAAUGAAUAGUUCCAUACAAUGCGGGGGUCACAUUUGGUUGCACAUUUUAACUGUCUCUUCUGUAUGAAUAUUAUAUUUUAAUAUAAAUGACUUUACUAUCAGCUGGGUGACAGAUCAAGUCAAAACGUGUAUCAUCAAGCACUUUGAUUCCACUUUCAUUUUCAACGCGUUAUCAAUAAGACUUUUUGAAACUUGACGUGAACUGGUUCUGACUAUAUAGAACAAGUUGCUUGCUAGAUCGUGCAAGACAUGCUGUGUUUGGUCAUUUGUCUUGCACUGUUUACAAGCUUUGCAGAUGCUCUCCCCCCGGAACCUUAUGUCCUCUAUUCCAACAUCACAAACCUUCAUAUUUUGGAUUUAAACACCCUGACACGGACUAAUGUGUUGAGAGGACUGGACAGAGCUGUACCUAUAGGUAUAGACACUAAGCAACAGCACAUCUACUUUGGCGAGCACACCCUGGGCCUUAUUUAUCGUGUGAAUUACGAUGGGACGAGCAAAACACUGAUAAUGAAGGAUGUUGUGUACGUUGAGGGUGUGGCAAUAGAUUGGAUCGGACGUAAGAUGUACUGGACCACUUAUAAAUCAGGGACGAUCGAGGUCGCAACGCUUGAUGGGAAAUUCAGAAAAGUUUUGCUAAAUACUGGUCUUGAAUACCCUCGUGGCAUGGCAGUUGAUCCAAUUGCAGGAUAUCUCUUUUGGUCUGACUGGGGAGCCAAAGCAGCUGUUGAAAGAUGUGAUUUAGACGGUACUAACCGUGUUGCUUUGGUCAAAGAUAACAUCACGUGGCCAAACGGUGUUACCCUGGAUACCUCUGCAAGACUUGUCUAUUGGAUCGACGCGUAUCAUGAUAAAAUAAGUUCUAUUGACUAUGACGGAAAUAACAGAAGAAUUAUCUUUGAAGAUAAAUCAUUGGCUCUUUCACAGUUCCAUGGAUUUGACUUGGAUAUCACAGGAGAUUCAAUCUAUUAUACAGACUGGUUGACUAAUUCCAUCAAUGGCAUUAACAUAAACACUGGAGUCAUGUUCGUAAACAUAACUGUACCAACUACAAACUCGAUCAAGGGGGCUAUGGGACUGCGUGUGAUUGACUCUUCAAAACAGAAAGAUGGCGUUACCAAUUGUGGAAGUAAUAAUGGUGGAUGUGAACAUUUAUGUUUCCAUAAGGUUCCAUCUGGAACAUCGUGCGCAUGUCAGCUGGGUUUUAAACUGGCAAAUGAUAACACAACGUGCGAAGAUGCUUUCAAAGACGAAUUCCUGAUGUUUGCUGACGCUGACGCUGGUAAAAUCUACCAAAUGCAGCUGGACAGCGUGAAUGUAAAACCAAUUGCAGUCCCAUUUGAUAAAAACACCAAAAUUACCCGCCCCGUGGCGUUGGAAUAUGAUUGGGUUGAAGAUCGUGUGUACUGGACGGAUGUUACCCUUAAAAUCAUCUGUAGGGCAUUCAGAAAUGGAACAGGAUUCGAGGUGUUGUUCAAUGAUAUUGGUGUGGCAGAUGGUCUGACCAUAGAUCUUGCUGGUCGCCAGUUAUAUAACCACAACAACGUUGAAACUUCUAAGCUGGAUGGGUCGUUUAGGAGGACUUUAGUCCGGUGGAAUUUAGACCAACCACGGGAUAUUAUUGUGGAUGCGAUUGAUGGUUAUAUGUACUGGACUGAUUGGGGAAAGUUACCAAGAAUCGAGCGUGCCUACAUGAACGGAGAAAACAGAAUGGAUCUGGUAAACACUGCUCUUCGUUGGCCAAAUGGUCUCACCAUUGAUCAUGUUUAUAAUAAGUUGUAUUGGGUCGAUGCUUAUGAAGAUAAUAUUGAAGCAAUUGACCUCGCCACACUCGAACGAAAGGUUGUGUUGAACAAAAAGACAUUAUUUUUUGGCUUCUUGUUUGGUCUUACAACCGAAGUGAACCAUCCCUAUGGCUUGACAAUGUUAAAUGAUCAUCUGUACUGGACAGACUGGAGAUCUGACACAGUUUAUCGUGGUGACGUAAAUACUGGCGCAAGCAUAAGAGUAAUGGCGACUAAGCUGGGCAAACCAAUGGAUAUACAUGCAUAUAGUUCCAUACCAAAACAACAAAAACGGCUACACUACACAUUUUCGUUCCCACAACGUGGCAGCAAUUUCACCUGCAUCUCAUCUCGAUCAUGUCCUGUAACUCCUGUUAUCAAUGCACCUCCAUUAUGUCCGUCAGGAUACUCACACGUCAGGGAGAACUCAAAAUGCGGGUUGAACUGUCGAGAUAUCGUGGGUUACACGUGGCGAUGCCCGUGCAAUGACUGGAUGUCGUGUGCUGUGAAAGAAAGAUACUUGUGGGGCUGUGCUGCUGGUUAUUACAGCAGUUUUAGGGUUCGAGAGUGUGUCCAAGAUGUAAAAGCUGGACGCUGUCCUUAUGGUGGAGGCAACGGAACGUCGUGUGUCAGUGACUCAGAUUGCCCGAGUAACGAUAAAUGUUGUAACUCGAAGUGUGCAACACCAGCAACAAUAGCCGCUCAUCCAUGCCAGACAAACAACGGUGGUUGUGACCAGCUGUGUUUCGGGAUUCCUGGUGGACACAAAUGUGGUUGUAGAAAUGGUUAUAGCUAUGACAAAACUCAAUCUAAGUGCUUAAGUGACACAAGAACUACAAUAAGACCAACCACGCCUCCUGUUAGAAAUUGCACGCUCCAACCAUCACCAGGAAAUGGCUCAGUGGUCUGUCGAACACAAUCCGGAAGUUUAACAUGUUUCUUCUCGUGUGACCCAGGAUAUGAUCUCCUUGGUUUAAGUUCAAUCACGUGUUUUGGUGGUAAAUGGCGUGCCAAAGCACCAACAUGUAAACCCACAACCAGGCCUACGCUCUCGCACUGUCCGAAUGACAUUGUUGUUCCUACGAUCCCAGGAAAAGAUUAUGCAACCGUUAAUUGGAGGGUCCCCACAGCAACUGACCGAGAUGGAGCAAACCUAAAAGUUGAAAUCAAUCCAUCUAUUUACUCUCCUCCUGUUAAUAAGAGUAUUGGUAGACAACUGGUCAGAGUCUCUGCAAAAGAUAAAAAUGGAGAAGACGUUCAAUGUUCAUUUAAUAUAACAGUCGAAGAUCGUGAACCCCCGUCAUUUGGCUCAACCUGUCCGUCCAACAUUCAACUAUACACAGAUAAUGAUGACAGCAUCCGACAACCAGAGUCCUUCAAAGAACCAACAGCUACAGAUAAUGCCAAACCACCUUCUGUUCACAGUUCAGGCUUUCCUUCUGACUCAUUCUUUCCUAUUGGUACAACAGUGGUCAAAUAUACUGCAACAGACGAUGCUGGAUUAACUGCAACUUGUACUUUUAGUGUCACUGUUGUUAAUGUUUGCAAUGGUGUCACGUGUACUAAGGGAGCAAAUUGUCGAGUGGACCAAACAACAAAAACUACACACACGUGUGCCUGCAGUACCAUCUGCCUGCAACUUUACGACCCAGUUUGCGGGUCCGAUGGUCAGGAUUACAGCAAUGAAUGUCUCCUAAAUGUAUCGGCUUGUACGACAAGAAAAGAUAUCACAGUUGUUAAGAAAGGAAGAUGCAAAGACUGUACAAAGAAAUGUGAUUUUGGAGCGCAAUGUGAAAUUGUGGGUGGAGAAGAAAAAUGUGAAUGCAAGCGUACAUGCGCAGAUGUUAACGCUACUGUUUGUGGCUCAGAUGGGAAAACGUACAAAAAUGAAUGCGAAUUACAAAAGGAAAAAUGCGCUGAACAGAAAUAUAUCAUUGUUAUUAGGAAUCAGGCAUGUGGCUGUGAUGACCUCAAUUCAAAUGCAAAAUCUUUCAACCGCUCGAGCACAAUUCAAUGUCAAGACAAUGAUAAUUCCGUACAGUGUGUAGUCAAAUGUAAAAGUGGAUAUAAUGCAGUUUUCAACGAUUUCUUGAAGUUACAAUGUUAUGAGAAGCAGUGGAUAAGAGGAAACAACGCUGGGACAUAUGUCAGACUUGCUGACGUGAAUAGUCCUCCGAGAUGCUACGAAAAUGUGAAAUGUCCACAAGGCAGUUAUUUCGAUCAAAGCAAAACAAAGUGUGAAUCAUGUCCAGUGACUGAGUAUCAAGAUUCAGCAGGACAAACUUCUUGCAAGAAAUGUGAAUCCCCCAAGACGUCAACUACAACAGGAGCUGAGAAUUGUUUCUUUGAUUAUGGCAAAAGCUACAUCGUAAUGAAGAUUGAAGAGAAAGCCUCCAAAGAUGCAAUUCGCAAUGAUAUUGCCAAAGCCCUGACGAAUGUUUGCAAGAAUUCUGCUAACAUCUGUGAAUUUGAAGAAAACGCGACAAAUCGUAAAAAACGUAGCAGCAAAACAUAUGAAUUCAAAGAGAAACAUGUCAUCAUUACGAACACGAUAGAAAGCGAUUCAAAGGAAACGGAAGUCUAUUUAUUUGUUCUUGAUCCAGACUCAACCUCAUUACUUCCAAACAAAGCUUUCUCGUCAAAAAAUCUUAAAAACAUGAUGGAUCGAAUAGAAAAGAACGAUCUCUCGUAUCCACUGAAAUCUAUCACCAUCCCAAGGAAUUCAGCAUCCACUUCGUCAGAAGAAAAGUCGGCCUCAGUGGCGUCAGUGGUGGGUGGUCUUGUUGUAGCGGUUCUUAUACUAAUUCUUGUUGUGUUUGGUGUCUGGAGGUACAGACGUCACAUCAAGAAUAAAAGCACUAUCCCCCCAGUACAGUUCAACUCUUCUGGAGAAAUGCAGAUUGGUCAUCCAACUGUCGAUACUUCAAAUCAGACUUUCGAUGAUCCUGAUAGAAUUAAUGAUGGCAUUAGACACGGAUUUGUCAACCAAGUAUACAACGAUGUUCAUGCACCUCCUCCCUCUUAUUAUGCAAGCUCCCCCGUACACCAACCUACUGGCGAAGUUCCGCCCUGCCCUGUGUACGAAACUCCUGAUGACGACCAGGCUGGUGCAUUACCCGUGAAGGAGAAACUACCAGAAGACGCAGUGGUUGAUAUAAUUCCUCCUAAACAAGUGAACGUCACAAACGAGAAGCCACUCAAAGCUGAUUCUCCUGUCAAAUUCUUCCAUAAACGAACGAAUCCGAAUGUCUACGAGGUUCCCGACGGAUCAUUCUCGCAGCCUGCUGCGGAUACUGAAGCUGAGUUAAGAUUGGAGCCUCCGCCAAAAUUUGAUGAUGCUAAACUCCAAGUUAUUCGAGAAAAAACAGCCUCCUCUAUUUUACCAAAUGUUCCUCGAAAAUCCAAGAAAAAAAUCGAUCCUGUAAGUGCUAAUGCGGAUCCGGACGAAAACACAGGUCACAAAGAACGUUCCGAAUACCAAAAUAUCAGCGACGUGACAAAAGAACAAAGCGAAACCUAGGCAUGCUGGUCAUAUGGCACCUACCUUUCCAAAACGAAAGGUUUUCAAUUUCGUGGUAAUUCACGUGAUUAGCACGUGAGUACAGACAUAUCUUAAGACAUUUAUUUCAUUUCAUAUCAUGUAAAUCUGUAUUUUUAACUGUAACAUGUAUAAGCACGCUGCAAUCUUCAGAUAUCAGGGACGAAUUUUGAGUUCUUCCAGAUAUUUUUAAAUCCACAUUGUAUAAUAUUCUUUCAACAACAUGUUCUAAAGAAAGUUAGAACAUUUAUUUAUAAAUUACGCGUUGCAGGAGCACGUUUUGCUCAUUUUACAUGCAAGCGGUGGCACGAUCAACGAAACUUGUAUAGAAUCAAUCCAAUUGUCCAUUCUCAUAAUGGCUUCAAAUGCGAAAAGCCUGGUGUUACACGACGUUUCAUUGGCUUGUUAGUUUAAUUUGCGCGGAGCCAAUCAAACUUGGUGUAACUCUACUCACCAGGC